GUCGCUCAUUUCCAUGCACCGCCCUUCCGGAAGUAAACGAUAUUGGAGAGGGGGAAGCAGUGAAAGAGGGGAGUGGUUGCUAUAGCGACGACAGGGGGAAGAAGAAGAAGAUGACGGUGCACAACUUAUACAUCUUUGACCGCAAUGGUGCGUGCUUACACUACAGUGAAUGGAACAGAAAGAAGCAAGCCGGGAUUUCCAAAGAAGAGGAGUACAAGCUGAUGUACGGCAUGCUCUUCUCCAUCCGCUCCUUCGUUAGCAAGAUGAGCCCUGUGGACAUGAAGGAUGGUUUCCUCUCCUUUCAGACCAGCAAGUACAAGUUGCACUAUUAUGAGACCCCCACAGGGCUAAAGGUGGUGAUGAACACAGACUUGGGAGUGGGCAACAUUCGAGAUGUGCUGCACCAGAUCUACAGCUAUAUCUAUGUGGAGUAUGUCGUCAAAAAUCCUCUGUGCAGCAUGAAUGAGACCAUCCAGAGCGAGCUCUUUCGGAACAAGCUGGACAGUUUCAUCCGUGGCCUGCCCUUCUUCUCCGCUCGGGCAGGCUAAGGUUCCCCAUUCUCAGAAGACUAUUUCCUGUGAUGUGCAUACAGAUUGCCAUGAGCCUGGCUCAUUCUGCAUUGGGGAAUGCUAUUGGGGCCCAAUACCAGAACUCUGAGCUUGGGACAGCCACAGUCUUCUUGUGGCCUCCUCACCUCCCUUCUUCAGACCCUUCCACUGGCCAUUCGUCUCUUGUGUUGCGGUCUCCUUCCCCUCCUCUGCUCUUAGAUAGAUAGGGCCUCGGGGUCUGCUCAUGUGCCCUGGACUACUUUCUCCCCCUUACCCACAGUCCUUUGCUGUCCUAGACCUGUUCUUUUCUAUUUAUAGAGGCCACUUGCUUCUUUGCCUCCUCUCCCUGCUCCCCCAGUUCCUAUUUAUAGUCUUCCCCUGCUUUUCCAGUUCAGUGCGCUUCCUCAGCCGCCUGGACAUGACAUCAAGCUCCCUGGGGACAUAAAGAGACAUUGCAGCAGCCUGCCUUUUCCAAAUACAUCUCUUCCAAAAGACAAA